AUGGUUCGGCAAAACCAAAAAAACGAAACAGACAACCCCGAGACACGGAUGUCAGGGUUCUGGCUCCAAAGAUCCGGGUCCCUCCUUGCCUCCCUCUCGUGCCGCUUCUUCACGGACCUGAUCUCGGCUGGAUCUGACCAAGAACGAUUUCUCCCCCGGCCCAUCGUUUUCAUGCUUGGACGGCCGACGGAGGUCGGGAACCUUUGUCGGUGGUGGUACGGCAUCCUCACAGGCGCUGUACCGCAUGGAAUGCACAUGGGACCGAUCGGCUCAAACCCAGUCGCCUGGAAUAUUGACAUGGCGGGAUGGAUCCGUCAUCCACGAAUGGACGUGCACAUCCCGCAUCGCCCAUCGCCCAUCGCCCAUCGCCCGUCGCAAACGGUGCCGCUCCCAGCUUGUUCCCAGCCCGUUACGCACGAGGCAAGCAUGGCAAGCAACCACCUCGAGGCCCGUCUUGAUAUGCUAUGGCCGCUACCAGCUCCGCACGCGGUAGCCAUGCUAUGUCAGGCCCUCCUGAUGGUGCCCACCUUCACCACCACCUGCCCUACAGUGCCUCCCACCAAAGGGCAGUCCGUCCACUGCUAUUCGAUGCUGGCUCUGUCACUGUGGCCGCCGUCCAACCGGGAUGACAAGAAACGCCGUCCUCUUCCGUCUCGUCCCCGGGACCGGGGGCAAGCCCUGUUGGCUGGUGGCCCUGUUCUCCUACGACUACUUAACCCAAAUCCCUUCAGUCAGGAUACGGAAUGGCAUCCCAAGUUCCUCAACCGGGUUGCCAAGGUUCUUCGACAAAAGUACGACGGCCUACAGAUACCUGUCCUGGUACUGGCGAUCAUGGCAUGGCUGCGAACAACCCCGACGUUGAAGUCUGAUGCAGGGACCGGACCGGAUUCCGAGUCCGAAGCGCAAGAGCGAGGCCUAGAUGACGUCACGCAGACCAGGCCCGCCAAGCCUCUCAAGUUUCUUCUGGCCCCCGCCAGUUCGCAAGCCCCGAACUGGGUGGCAUUUGGUCUCGAUCAUUCAUUAAUCCUCAUGAUGCGCAGCUCUAUGGUCCGCUUUGAGCGUGCUAGAAGGGAGAAGAAUGCCACUGCCAAAGAUCUUCAUAACGGCGAACAGCAACACAAGACUGUGAAAUUGCAGGGCACAAAUUGGAAGGGGCAGAGUAAGUUGAACAGACGGGAGGCUUUUGUCCAGCUACUUACACUUGGACGACAAAUGAUGCCACACGACAAACAGAUGCUCGAUGCAUGUGAGGGCCGCGACCCCACUUCCAUCGGAGACGUCCUCCCCCUCGAGCUUCCCAGCGUGGUAUGGGACAUCCACGAGGGCGUGCGGCGGACGGCGUGUGUAUGGGUACAUUAG